AUGCGGGAGAACUACGAGACGCUGCGCUCCCUGGGGACAGAUGAGCUGCUCCCCCUCUCUGCCUUCCUGUCUCCUACGGAGCCUGGAGGAGCCACGGAAGGCAGGAGCUACGCUGGUGAGGGGCAGGAGCCUCCUAGGGGAGGAGGCCCCCGGGGAGGCACACCCCCGCACAGCCUGCACCUCACUGCCCUGGUGCAGCUGGUCAAGGAGAUUCCGGAGUUCCUGUUUGGGGAGGUCAGCCCGGAGAGUGAGAGUGGGAGCGGGGCAGUCAGCCCGGACGGGGAGCAGGGGAGCCCCGAGGCAGCUGUGACUGUGGAGACUUGCCCUCUCCAAGGCCCGCUCGGCUGCCUUCCAGACACGCCUACCGGCUGGCCCCACCAGGCCACCACAUCUAGCGGGGGCUCAUCGUCCAGCAGCCUGCCUGGAGCCGGGGGCCAGGGGAGCCCCAUCCCCAUCGAAACUCCUGACAAACCAAGACCUACAGAGAAGGAAGGCCCAGAAGCCCCAGGCGGGGAGCCCAGCCCCCCUCCCUCUAGCCCCAGCAGACAGGAGGGCCACGGAGGACAGGAGAGAGGGACCCUGGGGACAGGAACCUCUCCUGGGAGCAGCCCCUUGCAAGGCCUUAUCAACUGCCUGAAGGAAAUCCUUGUGCCUGGACCCCAGCACCCUGAGGUGACCCGAGGCUUGCUGCCUCCUGUCCCCGGCCAGGGCACCUCUCAGCUAACCGGAGCGGAGCUGAGGCCUGAGAGCCCACCCUGGGGAGUGAAGACAGAGGCAGCUUCCGGGGCUUGUCCCCUCCAGGGUCUGCUGAACUGUCUGAAGGAGAUCCCGGAGGCCCGGCAUAGGCGUCCUAGCCCCUCAGGAGUAGGGGACCCACCGCUACAGGAGGACCCAGGGGCCUGCCAAAGGAAUUCUGGAGGGCCCAGACCCCUGCAGACCCCUCCUCCCGGGCCUGGUCCAGGAGCUGGCAGCGUGCUCUCUGUGGUGAAGAUGGAGGACGGCUGGGCCCAGAGCCUCCCCGUGCCUGCGUCCUGUCAGCUCAGCAAGUGGACCCACAGCCCCUCUGCUGCCAGCAGCCAGCAGGGCGACGGAGAGACCAGAGGGGCCCGAGUGCCCAGCUGGGGUCCCAGAGCUCAAGCCGGCAGUGCCUCGAGCUCACCCCUGGAAGCCCUGGAGGCCUGUCUGAAGGGCAUUCCCCUGAGUGGGUCGUUACCUCCCCAGCCGCCGGCCACCUCUGGAUUCCAGAGCCCUCAGCCAGGAGACCCCGGGUCUCAGAGGCCCGAGCUGCAGCCCUGCAGAUCACACACUGAAGAGGUGACUGUUGGGCCUCUUCUGGCUCUGAGUCUGCAGGGCUAUGUGAGAGGCAGCCCUGCCCUCCCCUCAGGUCCCCACAGCACCCCUCCCAGCUUCUCCUCAUCCAGCAGCACCGAUGGGGACCUGGAUUUCCAGAGCCCUGGGGGCAGCCAGGGGCGUCUGCCUGGAAAAGGAAGCCCAGUGGGAAGCUCCCCGCUCCAGGGCCUGGAGAACUGUCUCAGAGAGAUACCUAUGCUCAGGCCGCAGUCAGCCUCGUCCUGGUCCUCAGCAGGGGACAGGGGGUCCCAGAGAGCGGAGCCCAAGAAUUGGACGGCAGACAGGGAAGGGCUGAGAGGCGGGGCCUGCGAGCCAGCUCACCUGGGCCAGGGCCAGGGGGGAGCACCCACCAGCAGCUUCCGGCUGGCCAGCCCCCAGGCGCUCACCUCCAGCAGCGUCCCCAUCUGCUACCAGCGAGGGCUCAGAGACCAUGGGGCCGCCAGGCCAGGGCCGUGGAGGUGGCUCCAGGACGGCGCAGCCACGAAGCCCUCCCCACUCCACUGUCUGGAGAACUCUCUGAAGGGGAUCUUGCCUGGGAGGCCCCUGCGCUUCGCCUGCUUGGCAGGUCCCAGCCCCAGCCCCAGCCCCAGCCCCAGCUCCAGCUUCAGCAGCUCAGAAGGAGACGAGCUCUGGCAGCUGCACCCUCAGGAGAGGGACCGUCUUCCUGGCUGCAAGGCUCCUGGCCCUCUGUCCCCACGCCCGGGCGGCGCCCCCAUUGGCAGCAGCCCUGGCGAAGGCCCAGGGAGAGCAGAGCCCGGGGGCCACUGCAGGCUCGGUGCAGGAAAAGCAGAAGAGAAGACAGGGGGCAGGUCCCAGUUGCCCUGGAGAGACGUGUACUCAGAAACCCCGGGCCGGCCUGGCCCCCUGGGCAGUGCUGGAGGAGGUAGGGGUGUGGGGCAGCUGGGAACCCCUGCCCUGCUCCUCAGCCAGAGAAGAGGCCUGGCCCAGGGCCCUGCCAGCCUCUUGGAUCAGCCCCUGGGCCCCUGUCCUGGAAGCCCAGGGUCAGUGAAGAAUCCAGGGGUCCAGGGUCUGGAAAUGGAAGACCAAGUGUUGCAGGCGCCCCCCCAGCCGUGCCCCUGCGGAAGCUCUGUGCAGCCCGAGCUCCGCAGCCUUGGCGCCGCCCUCUCGGAGAAGCUGGAUCGGCUCGCCGCAGCCCUGGCAGGCCUGUCUCAGGAAGUAGCCACCAUGAGGACCCAGGUGGAUCGGCUAGGGAGGCGCCCUCGGGGCCCUGGGCCAAAGUGCCAGGCUUCCUGGCCGUGGGCCCCCUCCCGGGGACCUCGCUGGGCCAAUGGCCCUGCUCACAGACACCUCCCCUACUGGAGACAGAAGGGGCCCACCAGGCCGAAACCAAAGAUCCUGCGUAGUCAGGCGGAAGGCGGCAGGGCUGGUGACGCCUCAGGCCUUUCCUGCCGAAGGUUCCGCCCCGUAUCUCAGCUGCCUCCAGAUGCCCCCACGGCAGAACCUUCUGGGCCCAACUCCAGCCCUUCCCAGCAGCCGCCCUCCUCAGCACGCAGCUGCCGCGCCGUGGUGCCUGUGCAUGCCUGCCUUGGACACACUGGGGGUCACCGGAGUCCCCCGACCCCUUCAGUGCCUACUGCCUUACCCCCACAGAUGGCUUCUGCGGCCAGGGUAGAUGCAGAGCCGCAGUUUGCAGCCGUGGUGCCGCCUGGGGCCAGCAGCCAGCCCAAGGAUCCAAACAGCCUGAUGGCGGGGGGCCAGAGAGCCCUUGAGGAGCAGCUGUGGGGUGGGGACCAUAGGGCGCCGAGGUGGGGGACCCCUAACCACCUUCUUCAUCAGCUCAGUCCUGCUGAAGCUGUCCCGAGCCUGGCCACUUCUCCUAGGGGCUGUCCCGCGCCCUCACCCUGCUCCAGCCGAACCUUCCCCACUUCUGGGCUGUGA